GCGCUUUUACAUUUCAGAGCUCAGCGGCGCCAGGGAUAGCACUGCAAAGAAUCAACUAGGCUUUGGCAUCUGUAUAACGUUACUUUGUUUGAUUGUACGGUUACUAAACUUUUAGCAAAUAUCGUAAUUAUACAUUUAGAAAGGUCAGCCUCCUUUGAUAUCUGUAAGUCUAACUAUAAGGUUUUCAAGAACUCAAGACAGCCUAAUUCGUAGAACAUAAAACCACCAGUCAAAAUGUUUGAGGCACGACUUGUUCAAGGCUCAAUCCUGAAAAAGGUUUUGGAGGCUCUGAAAGACUUGAUCACAGAAGCCUGUUGGGAUGUCAGCUCAUCUGGCAUUUCACUACAGAGUAUGGACUCUUCUCACGUUUCCCUUGUGCAACUGACUCUUCGAAGUGAUGGAUUCGACUCAUACCGCUGUGACCGCAAUCUUGCAAUGGGAGUUAAUUUGAGCAGUAUGUCCAAAAUCCUGAAGUGUGCUGGAAAUGAAGACAUUAUUACCCUUCGCGCCGAGGACAAUGCCGACUCCCUGGCCCUGGUCUUUGAGACACUCAACCAGGAGAAAGUGUCAGAUUAUGAGAUGAAACUGAUGGAUUUAGAUGUGGAGCAACUCGGUAUCCCAGAGCAGGAGUACAGCUGUGUGGUGAAGAUGCCCUCUGGCGAGUUUGCCAGGAUCUGCCGUGACCUGUCACAGAUUGGAGACGCUGUCAUGAUCUCCUGCGCCAAGGAUGGUGUCAAGUUCUCAGCCAGCGGAGAGCUGGGCACAGGCAACGUCAAGCUGUCCCAGACCAGCAGCGUGGACAAGGAGGAUGAGGCGGUGACCAUUGAGAUGAAUGAGCCAGUCUCUCUUAUCUUUGCCCUGAACUACCUCAACUUCUUCACCAAGGCCACUCCCCUGUCAAAGACCGUCACCCUCAGCAUGUCUGCAGAUAUCCCCCUAGUGGUGGAGUACAAGAUUGCAGAUAUGGGCCACGUCAAAUACUACCUGGCCCCGAAGAUCGAUGAGGAAUCGUCCUAAAUCUAAUGGAAAGAAGGCUGAACUGCCAGUUGCAUCACGUUCUGAACCCAAAAUGCAUUGCUUACAUAGUUACCUUGGGGAAGUGAAUUGAAACCGAACUAGAAUCUCGUUACUGUUCAAUAUCCAAUAAUGGUAAUAUGCUGCUGUUAGCACUUUGGAUGGAAACAUCUUUUCACGUAAAGGGUGAAUAUUAUGAACUGUUUUACCAGGUGUGUAUGAUUUUGAGAUUUGGAUUCUAAUUACGAUGUGCCAUGUCACAUUUUAACCCAAGAGAAGGACCAGUAAGAGAUUGAUUUUGUAGAGCCAGCUGUUCGGUUUCAACCCCUUUCUUUCGCUUUCCUCCCGCUCUCCCUGGGUAUGGAUCUCUCGUCCAACUGUCCAGAAGUUCAUUCCGCUGUGUAGAUACUCCACUCUGUAAAUAUUCUGAUUGGGCUCUGUUGGUUAUCUUCUAAUAAACCUUUUGUAAUGAA